AUGAUUUCUCUCUCUUCCUCUCUCUUUCUCUCUCUCCCACCCUUUCUCUCUCUCCCUCUCUCUCCGUCUCUCCCCUUCUCUCUCUCCCCCUCUCUCUUUCUCUCUCUCCCUCUCUCUUCCUUUCUCCCCCUCUCUCUCUCUCUCUCUUUUCUCUCUCUCUCUAUCUUUCUUUCCUUCUCUUCUGCCUUUUUAUUUUUGGAAGCUGAAGACAUUGCGGUUUUUACUUCCUUUUUAUCAUUCUUUCUUUCUUUCUUCCAACCUUUCUUUUUUUCUUUCUUUCUUUCUUUCUUUCUUUCAUUUUCUCAUUCUUUCAUUCUUUCUUUCUUCCAUUUUCCCUUUCUUUCUUUCUUUCUUUCUUUCUUUCUUUUCCUUUUUUUCUUUCUUCCAUUCUUUCUUUCUUUCAUAUUUAGUACUGGCUAUUGUUCUUAUGGUUUUCUUUCAUUCUAUUAUUCUUUCUUUCUUUCUCUCAUUUUAAGCCCUGAUUAUCUCUUCAUCGCUUUCUUUCAUUCUUCUAUUCAUUCUUUAUUUAUUUAUUUCUCUCGUUCUUUUCAUUGCUUUCAUUUAUUCGUUCGUUCGUUCGUUCUUUCUUUCUUUCUCUCAUUCUUAGAACUGGCUAUAGUUUCCGUUGUUUUCCAUCAUGGUUUCUUUCAUUCUUCCUUUUUUAUUUUUAUUUUUUUUAUUUGCCUCUCUCUUUCUUUCUUUUUUUUCUCUAUCGUGUUUACACUGCCUAUAGUUUCCACUGUUUUCAUUAAUUCUUUCUGUUAUUUCUUCUGUCUGUCUGUCUGUCUGUCUUAUUUUCUUUCUUUCUUUUUUAACACUGGCUAUAUUUUCAAUUGUUUUCUUUCAUGCUUUUUUUUCAUUUUUUCUUUCUUUCUUUCGGUCGUUUUUAGCACUGACUAUAGUUUUCUUGUUUUUCUUUCUUUCUUUCUUUCUUUCUUUGAUUACCUUUUUUGUUUUCCCUUUAUCGUUCCUCUCUUUCUUUUUACCUUUAUCGCUUUACUUCAACGAUAUUUGACAUAUCAUUUUUAUGACUGUACGUUGACACAUUACAUCCCCCCCUCUCUCUCCCUUUCCCUCUCCCCUCCUCUCUCUCUCCCUCUCUCUCUCCCUCUUUCUCUCUUUCACUCUCUCUUAAACUCCAAGCAGCAGAACCUAAAAAGAAAAUUGCUUUCUGUAUUUUUCUUCACUUCCUUCGUUUCUGUUUUCCCUUGUAUUUGCAAUACUUCCGUUUUUGUAAUUUUCCUAUCACUUGUUUCAUUCCUACAUUUAACCAUAGUUCUCGCUUUCUUUCUUUCUUUCUUUCUUUCUUUCAUUCUGUCUUUCUUUAGGUUUGUUCGUACUUUCUUUCUUUCAUUUUGUUUACACUUUCUUUCUUCCUUUCUUUCUUUCCCUUUGUUUACACUUUCUUUCUUUCCCUUUGUUCACACUUUCUUUCGCUCUUUCUUUCUUUCCCUUUUUCACACUUUCUUUUUUCUUUCUGUUUAUUCAAACUUUCUUUCUUCAUUUAUUUCCGUUUGUUCACAUUUUCGUUUUUUCGUUCUUCCCUUCUGGUCACACUAUAUUUCUUUCAUUCAUUCAUUCAUUCUUUCUUUCUUUCUUUCUUUCUUUCUUUCUUUCUUUCUUUCUUUCUGUCUGUCUGUCUGUCUGUCGUCUUCUCAACGCGCAUUCGCGUCCCUACUUAACAAUAUCGCCAGCCUCAUUUUCAUUUUGCUCUUUCCUCUUCGGCGCCACCACAUCCAAUUUUUAUUUUUAACCUCAACAUUUUUCUCCCCCACUGCUUCCUCAGCUGCCAUCAAUCCUCCCUCAACGUCUUCUCCGCGCCUUUCGCCAUAUUUUUUUGUAAAUCAGAGCAUACAUAAAUGGGCGUUCAUGUAUACAUGCCAAGAUAUAUACAUUGCAUAUGUAGAUGGCGUAAUCCUAUAUACUUGGACCGCUCCCUCCUGUGAAAAGGCUGAUAGCACUGCUUCUGUUUAUUCAACGCUAACGACCUCACCUUGCCGGCUUUGA